GAGGUUCAGAGUGUGAUUGGUAAAGAAAGUCAAACUCUAAAGGAUAUCAUGGAGAAACUCCGGAUCAAGUAUUCCGAAAUGUACAAAAUAGUACCUGCAGAGAUCGAAACACAGUUGGAGGACUGCAAGAAGGUAUUGCAAGACCUAGAAGACAAGGUUAGCUUUGAAAUCUUGCAGAGCUCUCCUCAGUAUGUUCUGAAAAGAAAAGCAGAAACUAUUAACAAGGGCCUUCAAGCUAUUGAAAAGAUGUUACAACAGAAGAGUGAAAACAUUGCAAAAGCCAAAGAAGUUCAGAAGCAAAUCUGGGAUAUGCUGGACCUUUGGCAUUACAAACUCAAUGAACUGGAUGCAGAAGUGCAUGAUAUAGUAGAGCAGGAUUCCUGCCACGCACAGGAGUUGAUGGAUAUCUUAGUGACCCCUCUUCAGCAGUACCAACAGGUCUCGCAACUUGCCGAGCGCAGAACUGCCAUUUUAAACAAGGCUGCCAACAGGAUGGAAGAAUAUAAUGAACUCUUGAAAAAUUUGAAAGUUUGGAUAGAAAACACCAGCUGCUUGUUAAGAGCAGAUGUGCAAAAUGACUUUGCAAAAAGCUUACACAAACAUACUAAUGACCUUCAGAUGGCUUUGGAAGACUCAGAGCAAAAGCAAAAUCUUCUACACAGUGUUUACUUGGAGCUGGAGGAGCUAACACCAGUCUUUGAAACAGACAAUGUAAUGCAGCAGCUCAGUGAAAUAGAUGAUCAAGUAGCAACUUUACAGCAUGAGAUAGCAGAGAUUCUUCCACAGAUCCAGCAUGUGGCUGAUGAAUUGGAUGCCAUUGAAUCUCAUGUGAAAGUGUUUGAGAAGGACAUUGCCAAAAUGAAGACAAUCCUGUCAUCAGAAGAUCUGUUAGAAUUUUCCCUUAAAGACCAACUUAAACAUGGACAGGUUAUACUUGACCAUGUUGGUCCUAUGCAGAAGACCAUUGUUCAUAUACUGUCCUACGAAGAAGCACUUCAGCUACCAGGGGUGAAAAUGCAACCUUUCUCAGUCUUCCAAAGAGCAAGACAACUCUUGAGAGAAUUGAAGAAAUUAGAAAAAAUUACUAAGGAACAAAAUGACCUAUUGGAGGAAGCUCUAAAGGAAACAGAAGAAUGCGAACAAGAAAUUGAAAAGUUGAAACAAUUCUUAAAGAACCACUUGGUUGAAAUAUCACAUGAAGGUCAACCACUGGCUCAGAAGACUCAUUGUCCAGAGGGAGAAAUGGAAGCUGUAAAAGAAGAAAUCAUAAAGCUGUGCCAAAGAAAGGAAGAUACCCUUACCGGGAUGAAAAAUUCAAUGUCUGAGCUUCGCCAGCGCUUACAGCAAGAGGUGCCUGAAUCAGGAGAUGAACCCACAGCCUCUGUAUUAACACAGAGUGAUUUGAUUGGGACUGAUGUUUCUGGUCAGCAGUUGAAAAAAAGAGGAAUGAUGUUUCUUCUACCUUCCUUAGAUGAAGAGUCAGAAGACAGUUCUUUCCACAGCAAGGGAAGUACGGCCACAGAGAAAGAUGCAAGCUUUUGGCCUUCAGAAGGAGACGAUGAAAGGCACAAGGAAGACAGUGCAACCUCCUGGUCUUCUGGUACCUUGUCGGACGGCAUCAUUCAGGAUGCUGAUGAGAUAAUGCAAUCACACAGUAAACGUGGUGAGGAAACAUCUAUGCAAAUGUUGCAGAGCACUGAAGGCCCAGGAACAGGUGACGGCAGCCAGGCUAUGAGUGACAAGCUGCCUCCUGUCACCAACGCUACCCGGUGCUCUCGAGGGAAAGCAGAAGAUUCAGAGGAAUGGGUGGAUGGUGGUAGGCCUGAGCCAGAAACGAUCCUUCAGAUGUGCCAGGCCCGGGUUGCGGAACUGGAACAGUGGCUAGACAAAACUAAAGUGUCCCUGGGGUCAGACCCCCAGACCCCCAAAAUGCAGCAGAUGGUGGAACUGCAGCUUGCUGAGUACCAGGUGAUGUUAUCAGAGAUUGAACAAAAGGUUCUUUCUUUACUGGAAGAUUGUGGAGAUAGUGCAGACUACCAACAAGAGACAGAGGCUCUUUCCUUGAAGCUGAAGGAAGUGAAGUGCAAUUUGGAAAAAGUUCAGAUGAUGCUUCAAGACACAUACAAUGAAGAGCAGAUUCACAACAGUGAGGGGAUUGACCCAGAGCCUCUUGAGAUCCUACACUCAAACGGCUUCAGCGCGCCCCAGCUUGCCCUUGCUGAACAGCCGCUCAGUCAGCACAACGAUUUCCAGCACGCACAGGAUCUGAAAGUAAAAGCAGCUGAGCAGAAAAGCCUCAUUGACUUCAUUGAGUCGUGCGUGGAAAAAAUGCAGCCGCAGUUUGAGGACAGCGUGAUUCAGAAGUUAGAAUCAAGCAAUGGAGAAUCUGAUCCAAAGAGCAAGCAGGCUGAUCCCACCUUAGCUCCAAAGGACCAAACGGGUAAUAAAUGGCAAUAUUUGCAACAAGAGCUGUCAUCAAAGAUGAAAUCUCCUCUCUGCCAGCUUGUGGAACCUCAGAUUACAACAAAGAUGAACGUGCUGCCCCGAGGCACAUUCACUAGUGCAGGCACCCCAACUGUGGAAGAACUGAAAAAUUACACUGUCCAGCUGGGAGACCUAAGCCAAGAAGCAAAUGUGGUGCAUGCACAGGAUAAUGUGGCGGAGGAAGUCUCUUCCAAUUUGGACAGAAAAUUGUUUGAGCUGCUUCUGGCAAUCAGCCGAUGUUUGAAUAACAUGGAGGAGAUGUUAAACACCUCAGUCCUCUCCACAGAAGAGGCAGCCGUGCAGCAGGCUCUUUAUGAGACUCUUUCUGUCGAGCUGCAAAAACUUCACGCUGAUCUGAGUAAUAAAAAGGAUGAUCUUCUAAAGUCUAUUAGCUGCGCUGGUGGGAGCACAGAUGUGUUCAGCGAGUGCUUUAACAACUUGCAGGCGCGGCUAGAACAAACUCAAGCUGCCACUGCUUCAAGGAGCAGCUCAAUGAAAGCUGGGCUGGAUCAUAAUAGCAAUUAUCAGAAUGAAACCAGGCUGCUCUAUGAUAAGCUAACUGAGAAGAAAGCUUCUCUGCAACAAUGCUUGAAUGCACUACAUGGACAUAGUGCUUCUGAACAGCUUCAGCAAACUGAUGCCUGUGCUUUGGAGCUGCAAAGCUUUGAAAAUCAAGUAGCAAAACUGAGAGGCCAUGGGGAAAGAUUUCAGUUACCUAUCACCUUAAUCCAGGAAGCUUAUAAAUUAGAGGAUGUUUUGGAUGACAUGUGGGAGAUUCUGAAAGCAAAGUAUGUGGAGCUGAACUCUCCUUCCAUCAGUGAGAGCCAGUAUGAGGACUUACUUCAUGGAUUUGCAGAGCUGGUAGCUAUUGGACGAGAGAAGAUUGCACAAGAUCCAAAGCAGCUAGCGAAAAGCAAAGCAGCUCUACAGUCUCACCUGGAAAAUCACAAGGACUUUUUCCACAACCUCAUGACCCACAUGGCUUUCAUGCAAGUAUUUUCCAAGAAAGUGACUCCCUCCAUCCUACAAAAGAGAGAGGAAUUCUGGAGAGAGCUGGUGAAUGAAGUCAAGUUGCUGGAGCAGAAGGCCUGCCAGUAUGGUAUACACUUAGAGAGCCUGUUAAAGGAAUGGAUGGAAUUUGAUGAUGAAUGCCUAGUUAUCAAUAAGGAGUUAGAGGCACUUUCCUCUACGCUGCCUUCUGUGAAUUUGGUUGAAGAAACAGAAGAAAGAUUAAUGGAAAGGAUUGCACUUCUACAGCAAAUCAAAACCAGUGUUGAUGAAAAGCAUGCCAGGCUGUACCAGAUGGUGAAAGAAGGGAAGAAAUUACUGACUGCUGUGAACUGCCUAGAAAUAAGAAGUCAGAUUGGGAAGCUGGAAGAGCAGUGGUUGUCUUUAACCAAAAAAGUUGGACAUGAACUACACCGACUUCAGACAUUACUCAAACUCUUGGUCAGCUACAACAGAGACUCGGAGGAAUUAAUGAAAUGGCUGGAUUCUGCUCAGCAGAGAAUGAAUUUUUGGAAGGAGCAGUCUCUCAACGUGUCACAAGAUCUUCCCACCAUCAGGGAUAACAUCAACAGCUUGUUUACAUUCUCUAAGGAAGUUGAUGAAAAAUCUUCCCUGAAGUCAUCUGUGGUGAGCACUGCCAACCAGCUCUUUCAUGUGAAACAAGCUGAUACUGCAGCACUUAGGUCAUCUUUGGCAAAGUUUGAGCAAAAAUGGGGAGAACUGAUGAUACAGCUCCCAGCCAUCCAAGAAAAGCUUCACCAGCUUCAGAUGGAAAAACUUUCAUCGCGGGAAGCUAUUGCUGAACUAAUGACCUGGCUGGACUAUGUGGAACAACAGCAAGGACAUGAGGAGCCAAUAAAUUCACAAUGUAGUGCUGCCCAAGUCAGAAGCCUCCUUCAGAAGUACAAGGAAUAUAUGAUGGAAAUGAACUUUAAACAGUGGAUGGUGGAUUUUGUUAACCAGUCACUCUUGCAGAUGAGCACUUGCGAUGUGGAAAGCAAGCGCUAUGAAAGGACAGAAUUUGCUGAGUGUCUUGGAGAGAUGAACCUCCGGUGGCACAGGCUGCAGGCAUCUCUGAACAGAAAGAUACAAGACCUGGAACACAUUUUGGAGGAUAUAACUGAAAAUGAGAAUAAAGCACAGACUCUGCACAAUUGGCUGGAAGCUCAGAGUGACCGACUGAGAUCUUUACAAACCCCAGCAAGUCUGAUCUCUGCACAGAACACAUUAGAUGAUUGCAAGGAGCUAGAAAAUCAACUCACAACUAAAUGCAAAACUCUCGAUGAGAUCAAACAGAGUUUGGCUUUGAAUGGUAGUGCAGAACAAACCCCAGAAGCUCUGUCUCUCAGGAUAGCUGAGCUCUGUGAAAUGGUGGACAGCAUUGUAAGCCAGGUUGCACAGUUAAAGACCUCAAUGCAGUCAAUACUGGAGCAAUGGAGAGUAUAUGAUGAAGUUUAUGCAGAUGUCAGCCUGAUGACAACAAGAUAUUUUUACUGCAUAGACCAGUGCAAACCUUCUGUGAUGUCACUGGAAGCUUUGAAAAACCAGGUCAAAACUCUCCAGUCUCUUCAAGAUGAAUCGGAGAACAGUGAAGAAAUUUGGGCCAAGCUCCAGGCUGCUGCCAGUAACCUGAAGAGGAACUGCUCCCCCUCUUUUGCAGAGAUUAUUGAACGGAAGUGCACAGAGGCACACGCUAGGUGGAACUCAGUAAAUGAAGACAUCACAGAUCAACUGCAGGCAGCACAAGCAACCCUGCUGCUUUGGGAGCCCUUCGAUACUUUAUGCACUGAGGCAGCAGCCAAGUUAGAACAGCACAAAGAACAGUGUACUCAGCUCUUGGAUGCUUACAUGCCCGAGGAUAACAUGAUAGAAACUCUGAAGCAGAGGAUACAGGAUAUAAAGAAUUUACAGCAUGGCCUUCAAAACAUAGCAGGAUGCCAUACCCAGAUUUCUUUGCUGGCUGAUCGGAUAAAACAGCAGGCUGGGACAGCUGCACAAGCCAUUCUGUUGGAGAAGCAGCAGCCGCUCCAGAGGGCAUCCUAUUUCGAAAAGAUGUUGCAGAGGAAGUUAGAGGAAUUGGAGUUCAAUCUUUUACAACUGGAGGAAUUCAAGAACUGCCUUGAAACGCUGGAGGGUCAGGUCAAGAGUUGCACAGAUGCCUUCGAUAGUCUUUGUCUAGAGGAAGAAACAGACAACUCAGAAUUGCUCAUGAAUCACACAUUGGAACUUGCUGCGCUUUCUCCAAGCAUAGAGAGUUUGAAUGAAGCAAGCCUUAAACUGCCACUCAGUGACUUCACCCUGAAGAAAGUGCAGAGCCUGACUCGGCAGUGGAGUCAGAAAACAGCGACUGCUCUGGAACGCUGCAGUGUGCUUGAGGGAACUCAAAAUGAUGAAAAGAAAUUCUUUCAGAAAUGUGAAAACUGGAUGAAAUUCCUAGAAAAAAUGAAAGAGGCCUUAAAAUCAAAUAUUCCAGGACGGUUUGAAGAACUGCAGGAGCAACAGAGAGUAUAUGAGAUGCUGCAAACUGAGAUUUCCAUAAAUCAGCAGACAUUUAAUUCUAUCAUAGCAAAAGUUCUACUCUCCUUGGAAUCUGGAGAAGCAGAGAAAAGAACAGAGUUUAUUUCCAAGCUCACAUUGCUGAAAGAGCAGUGGCAGAACGUUAUCCGGAUGAUUCAGCAGAGGAAGAAAGAUAUCGAUGGACUCGUGAGCCAGUGGCAGCUCUUCAAGAGUUCCAUGCAGAGUCUCAGCAGAUUUCUUGCUGAUACAAACAGCUUCCUCUUAGCAGUGAAGAGCCAGGACUGCUAUAGCCUUUACCAGCUUCGCAAUCUAAUUCACUGUUUCAAGAGUCAGGCAGUGAUUCUUCAGAGGUGGCAAGCCAUGUACUCUUUAAUUAUUGAUGUUGGGGAGAAGUUACGCACUGUCUCCGAUCCUGAGACCAAUGCUGUUCUCCAAGAGGAGCUCAGCCAGUUACAGCAGAGUUGGGGGGAUACCCAAGUCCAGCUGGAGAAGAAGAAGAUGCAGCUCAGCAGCACUUUACAGAGUUGGGACUGCUGUGAAAAGCAAAUCAAGGAACUGGAAAGCAGGCUGCGAGAGCUGAAGGAGAAAGUAAAAGAUCCACUUCCAGUUGAACAUGAAGAGCUCUACAAAGCCAAGGAACACACUAAGGAGCUGGAGCAGUCGCUGGCAGACUGGGCCCACAACAUGAAGGAGCUGCGGGCCAUGAAGGUGGAGCUGGCUCAUUGCAUCCUCACCGAGGACAUGAUGGUGCUCAAGGAGCAAGUGGAACAUUUGCACAGGCAGUGGGAAGAGCUAUGCUUGCGAGUGUCUCUGCGAAAGCAGGAGAUCGAGGACAGACUGAAUGCCUGGAUUGUGUUCAAUGAAAAGAAUAAGGAACUGUGCUCCUGGCUGGUACAAAUGGAAAGCAAAGUGUUGCAGACUGCAGAUGUUAGCAUUGAAGACAUGAUAGACAAAUUGCAAAAGGAUUGCAUGGAAGAAAUAAACCUGUUCAGUGAAAAUAAGCUUCACUUGAAACAAAUGGGCGAUCAGCUAAUCAAAGCUAGCAACAAGAGCCGAGUUGCAGAAAUAGAUGAUAAACUCAACAAAAUCAAUGAUCGCUGGCAGCAUCUCUUUGAUGUCAUUGGAGCACGGGUGAAGAAACUGAAGGAAACAUUUGCUUUUAUACAAUUAUUGGACAAAAACAUGAGUAACCUUCGCACCUGGUUGGCCCGGAUUGAGUCUGAGCUUUCCAAGCCUGUUGUUUAUGACAUCUGUGAUGACCAAGAAAUCCAGAAGAGACUGGCAGAACAGCAG